AUGGUCAUUAUGUCUUUAGAAUAUUCAGUAAAUUAAUGAUCAAAGAUGAGAAACCACAGCACAAUAAAAAUUUUCACCUUGCUGGGACUGACAGAUGAUCCACAACUACAAGUUCUGCUUUUUAUCUUUUUAUUUCUCACCUAUAUGUUGAGUGUAACUGGGAAUCUGACUAUUAUUAUCCUCACACUGGUGGAUCCCCAUCUUAAAACACCUAUGUACUUUUUUCUCAGAAAUUUUUCCAUAUUAGAAGUUUCAUUCACCACUGUCUGUAUUCCUAGGUACCUGUACAGUUUAUCAACUGGGGACAAUACGAUCACCUAUGAUGCUUGUGUAUGCCAAGUAUUCUUUAUUGUACUCUUCGGAGCAACAGAGUUUUUUCUCCUGGCAGCCAUGUCCUAUGAUCGCUAUGUGGCCAUCUGUAAACCUCUUCACUACAUGACCAUCAUGAACCACAGAGUGUGUGCCUUACUAGUUCUCUCCUGUUGGGGAUGUGCUUUGAUGAGUGUAGUUCCACCUCUUAGCUUGGGCCUCCAGCUUGAAUUCUGUGAUUCCAAUGCCAUUGAUCAUUUUGGCUGUGAUGCAAGUCCGCUCCUAAAGAUCUCAUGCUCAGACACAUGGUUACUAGAACAGAUGGUUGUAAUUGUGGCCAUAUUUAUACUUAUUAUGACCCUUAUCUGUGUGAUUCUGUCCUACACAUGCAUCAUCAGGACAAUUCUGAGAUUCCCCUCUGCACAGGAAAGGAAAAAAGCCAUUUCCACGUGCUCCUCUCACAUGAUUGUGGUUUCUAUUGCCUAUGGCAGCUGCAUCUUCAUCUACAUCAAGCCAUCAGCAAAGGAAGAGGUGGCCAUAAAUAAAAGAGUUUCAGUUCUCAAUGCUUCUGUUGCACCCUUAUUAAAUCCCUUCAUUUACACCUUGAGGAACAAGCAAGUGAAACAAAGUUUGAAUGACUUUAUAAAAAGGAUCGAGUUUCUCUCAAAGAAACAGAAAUUUUGA